GCCAUUUAGACAUUGCGUUUAAAACGAAAGAUGACUCACCAACUUUGUAAACUUUUCGUCGGUAGACUGAGUGCGAGCACCGACGACGAUGGGCUACGCAUGCAUUUCGAGCAGUUCGGCACUCUCGCCGACUGCGUUGUCGUCGUGAACAAGCCGCUUAAGCGGUCCCGUUGUUUCGGCUUUGUAUCCUACUCGACGCCGGAGGAGGCCGACGCAGCAAUAGCGGCCAGGCCACAUGUCGUGGACGGCAGAACGGUCGAACUGAAAAGAGCCGUGGCGAGGGAAGACUCCAACAAACCAGAGGUUGUCGCUAAAGUGAAGAACAUAUUCGUCGGGGGACUGAAAGACGACAUCGAAGAGGACAACUUGACCGAGUAUUUUUCCCAGUUUGGCAAAAUCGAGAGGUCCAAAGUUAUUUCGCAGAGGGAAACCGGAAAGAGAAGAGGCUUCGGCUUUGUCCACUUUGUGGACACCGACUCAGCCGACAAGGCGGUCGCCUUGAAGUUCCACUACGUCAAGGGACACAAAGUCGAGGUGAAGAAAGCCCUUACCAAGGAACUGAUGCAGUCGGCCAACAGGGUCGGCAUGAUGAGAGGUGUGAUGGGUCAAAAUCGCUUCGGUGGCGGCAGAGGAGAGUGCAGCAGCUACGGGGGAAAUGGUAGAGGCUACGGAGACGGCUAUAUUGGGGGUUACGGAGACCAGAUGGGAGGUUACGGAUACACCGAUUUUGGUAGCGGCUACAGUCAGCAGCCAUCUGGUUAUGGUCCGAUGAAAGGCCCCGCUCCAGGCUACGGUGCCCAGAGAAGCGCUGCUCCAUACGCCUUUGGGGGCGGCGGGGGUGGCUACCAGAGAGGGGCCUAUGGCGGUGGAUAUUAUACGCCGAUCUCACAACCUCGACCAUACCUUCAUCCCAUUCAUCUCAAUGCAGAAACGUGGACACUGAGCCCCUUUAAUCCUCAGUAA